AUGUUUUCUCCGUGUGUAGAGCGCAAGCAGGACAACUUCCCUUCCGGGUUCACUGUCACAGAGGAUAAACACAUCGGGGACCAAACGAUGUUUAUAUAUCUAACGGAACACUAUGGGAUUAGCAGGAAAACAGAAACUAGAGGGGAAGCUGGAUACAAUGUUAUCGACAUUCUCAAGACAAUACUGUACGGGCACCCAUGA